AUGUUGGCUGAUGGGGAGCCCAAUAUCGAUCGAGAGCGUCUUGUGCGGCGACACAAUCCUGCUCGGACUGUGAGCAACCUGCAGUCCCCGAUGCAGGUUGGAAAUGGCCGCUUUGCUUUUGGGGCAGAUAUUUCAGGACUGCAAACAUUCGUGCCUUUUGCCACAAUGUCGGAAUGGGGCUGGAAAAACGACCAACUCCCGGCAGGGUCAUCACUGGUAGAUUAUCAUGGACAGGAUUUGGAGACACAUGGUCGAAAAGUGAAUUAUGAUAUACCAGCUCCGCGAACACCAGUGUCCCAAUGGCUUAUCUCCAAUCCGAACCGGAUGAACCUUGGUAGGAUUGGUCUGCGGUUUGGUGAUAGAGUGGUGUUAGAAUCCGACCUCGAUUCCGCCACUCAACAUCUGGAUCUUUGGACAGGGACGAUACAUAGUUCUUUGCGGUGGGACGGACAUGACAUUUCGAUUGAGACAUGCGUCCAUCCAGAACAAGACGCUAUUGCGAUCCAAAUUGAAUCCCUUCUUGUUGCCCGCGGGCAAUUGAGCGUCUUUAUCGAUUUCCCGUUCAGUAACGGAGAAUCGAAAUUCUCUGCUCCCUACGCAGGCAUUUGGGACCAACCGGAGUCACAUAGCACGACCGUUGAGGAAUCGCAGAGUACGCGAGCGCGUUUGAGGCACGUUGUGGAUGACACAAGCUACGAUGUCGUCCUCCGUUGGAGUCAGAAAGGUCAUGUGAAGCAUUUAACGGACCAUCGGUACGUCCUCGAGCUCUCCGAAUUGUCAUCGUCCUUUUUGAAGCUCUCUGCCACCUUUGAGCCAGAAAUAGAGAUACUCGAUGCUUCAGUUAUUGCGAAGGCCUCGGCAGCCUCUUGGCCAACAUUCUGGCGGAGUGGAGGGGCCAUAGAUCUCUCGGAGAGCUCUGACCCUAGGUGGUUUGAAUUAGAGCGUCGAAUAGUCUUAGCACAAUACAUCAUGGCUGUGAAUGCAGCGGGUGAUUGCCCUCCGCAAGAGAGCGGGCUGGUCAAUCUAGGAUGGUACGGGAAAUUUCAUAUGGAGAUGAAUUGGUGGCACUCUGGAUAUCUCGCUUUGUUCAACCGCUGGUCACUGCUGAGUCGCAGCCUCAACAUAUACCAUCGGUUUCUUCCCAAAGCCGUCCAACGGGCAUCUUCGCAGGGAUACAAAGGUGCACGCUGGCCAAAGAUGACGGACCCCGAAGGGAAAAUGGCGCCAGGUGAAAUCAAUGCCCUCCUGAUCUGGCAGCAGCCGCACCCCUUAGCUUUUGCGGAGCUAGAUUAUCGUGCCCAUCCAACCAGGCAAACAUUGAAGAAAUGGCAGCCAGUUGUCCGAGCUACGGCUGACUUCAUGGCAAGUUAUGCGGCAUGGAACAAAGAGACACGUGUCUAUGAUCUUGGACCACCAUUACACGUUGUGUCAGAAAACACCGAUCCUCGGGUGACGUACAAUUCUAGCUUUGAGCUAGAAUACUGGCGGUUUGGUCUGGCCGUUGCAAUGAAAUGGUGGGAUCGAUUGGGACUGGAACCCGAAAAAUCCUGGUUCACAGUGCUGAACCAUCUCGCACCUUUACCAACGCAAGACGGUGUCUAUGUACUGUGGCCAGGUGUCCAGGAAAUGUGGACCAAGUACAAUUGGGAGCAUCCGGCAUUAGCUGGGAUGUAUGGGUGGUUGCCCGGCAGCAAAAAGUUGGAUCUGGCUAUGAUGCGAGCGACCAGUGACAAGAUCUGGAACACGUGGCGCUUCGACAACUGUUGGGGAUGGGACUUUGGCCUCUUGUCGGUGAAUGCGGCCCGGCUCAAGGAGUGCGAUCGAGCAAUCGACUUCCUCCUGGACGAAAAUAUGCCCUUUGACGACGUGGGCCUGGCACCUGGAGGAUCCAAGGUUCCGUUCCCGUAUUUGCCUUCCCUGGGGGCUUUUCUUUUCGCCGUCGCGUUUAUGGCCGGUGGCUGGGAUGGAUGUCCUAAUCGGAGCACGCCUGGAUUUCCCAUUCAUGGAUGGAAAGUAAGAUCUGAAGGUUUCAGCAAGGCAUUCUAA